AUGUUGACUCAAUGGAAUGUUACUGUGCUUAAUCUUAUUCCCAAAAACUUCGUGCCCGAAAAAAUACAAGAUUUUCGUCCCAUUUCCUGUUGUAAUGUUGUGUAUAAAAUUAUUUCUAAAAUUCUCUCUAAGCGCUUUCAAAGAGUUAUUUCUAAGAUAGUGAGUCUAGAACAGUCUGCUUUCAUACCCGGUAGGUCUAUAUCGCAUAACAUCCUUCUAAUGCAGAAUCUUCUUAAGGGUUAUGGGAGAAGGAAGAUUUCUCCUCGAUGUGUCUCUACCUCCCACUUUGUUGUUUGCGUUAAUGGUGUACACGGGGGCUAUUUCAAAGGCGAAAAUGGUGUGAGGCAGGGCGAUCCUCUCUCUUCUUAUAUCUUCGUGUUGAUCAUGGAGAUCUUUGAGAGUGUCUUAACGACAUUCCGAAAGAAUCGCCAUUACACUUUCCACCCUUUCUGCGAAGAGGAGAAGAUCACUCAUUUAUGUUUCGCAGACGACUUAUUCUUACUUGCUCAUGCUGAUGUUGAAACCAUUAAUACUAUAAAAGAUGCGCUUAACUUCUUUCCUGAUGUUACAGGUUUAACAAUUAAUGUUGAUAAAAGUUUAGCAUUUUAUGGUGGUGUUGAUGAUGAGACAAAGGCUAGGAUACAAGACAUUAUGGGCAUCCCCGAGGGUUUGUUUCCGGUACGUUAUUUGGGCAUUCCGCUCACAACAAGACAGAUUCAAAUUGUUCAUUGUAGGCCGCUCAUUGAAAAAGUUAAAAACGUCGUUAUGGGGUGGGCAGCCAAGAAGCUUUCAUAUGCGGGCAGAAUUGAGUUGGUUGGAAACGUGGUCAUGGGAUUAAUCGGUUACUGGUCUCAGCAAAUUGUGCUCCCGAAGAAAGUUAUGAAAGAGCUCGAUACUAUCAUGCGUAAUUUUAUUUGGGGCAGCCAAGGACGUGGAGGAAAGAAAGUCAAGUGGAUCGACAUUUGCAAACCGAAAGACGAAGCUGGUAUUGGACUAAGGAGUUGUAUUGAGUGGAAUCGGGCUGUUACCUACAAACAUCUUUGGGCUUUACAAACUAAACAAGAUUCUCUAUGGGUCAAGUGGGUGCACUCUCGGUUCUUGAAGCGUGAAUUGAGCAUAUGGACUUGUAGAAUCCCGGAUGACAUGACUUGGUCGUUGAAGAAGAUUUUGAAACUAAAAAACAGCAUUGGUUCGAUCUUUGAUAUUCGUAUUGGGGAUUGGUGUGGUACUCUCUUUUGGCACGAUCCUUGGUUUGAAAACCAGCCGUUGAUUACUAAAGAAGAAUUUCGAGGUUUGAGAAUAAGAAGGGAUUGUGAGUUUGCCACGAUUGGAGACAUUGAUGCUGGACGUUGGGUCUCAAUUAUAAGACGAGUUCCGGAAGGAAGACGAGUAUUAGACUAUUUGAGCGGAAUUCGUCUAAGCGAUAGGGCUGAUGUUCAUUCUUGGGCUACCGAGGAAGAAAGUAAAUUGAAGUCGAGAAUGGUUUGGAAUCUAAUUAGAGAAAAAGGACUAAACGUCGAUUGGGCUGCUCUUGUUUGGUCUUCAAAGGUCAUUCCGAGGCAUCGUUUCAUUCUUUGGUUGGCUUUACGUGAUAGGCUUAACACCCCGGAUCGGAUUCUUGCCUACAUGGACAUUCCGGAUGCUAACUGUUUGCUUUAUGAUGGGAAUACGGAGUCUAUUAGCCACUUGUUUGGGAGCUGCCCGUUUGUUAAGUCUCUUUGGAGUAAGUUCACGUUGGAUUUGGGCUUUGUUCAUUUACCGGGUUCAUGGUAUGAGAUAAUUGUUGCUGCCCGCAUCAAGGCUAAAGGUAAUAGAUUUCCAGCCAAUGUCUUCAAAUGUGGUUUUGCUGCCAUUAUUUAUCAUGUAUGGGCCGAGAGAAACGCAAGAGUAUUUGGGAGAGUUCGUCGCGACGUUGAGCAUGUAUGGAGGGAUAUCGUGUUUGAUUGCGGUGCGCUAAUUGGUACGUGGAGGCGGGUUCCCAAAGGUGAGCGUGAAUGGACCCUUUGUCGGGAGUGGAAAAUCGAUUAUGACAAAGUGACAUCUUUUAAUUUUUCGAAAGCUAGUUAG